AUGACCGCUGCAACCACUGGAAUAANGAAUUUUAUCGAAGCGUUUAUGUAUUACAAUAAAGCAUUGGACAUUUUUAACAAUGAUUCAACUUAUUGCUCGAUCAACAUUGGACAAAUUCAUUAUGACAUUGCUCUUUGUUAUUUAAAGGAUACAAUGAAAGAUUCAAAAUCAAUUGUUGGUCGUAGUUCAUGGUGGAUUAUUCGUAUUUGUAAGAAUUUAAUUCAGAUCUACAAUGAACAAAAACACGAUUCUUAUUCGGCAUCAAAAUACGAAUUAAUCAAACAUGAAUACGAAUUAAAAGACAAUGAAUGA